AUCUGUACAUAUUUUAAUAUUUGCUAUAACACUAAAGUUACUCAGCUACUGUUUUUCCUUACUUUAGCGUUCAUGAAAAAUGAAAUGCUAUUAUUCUUCUCUGUCGACUUGCUUAAAGCCUCUUUGCCUUCAGUGAAUGGCUCUGGUCUUAUUUGUGGCAAUAUUGUUGUACUAGAUCUCUGUCAGCACACUGUGUUUUUGGUGGUGUGCUGGAUAACACUUUUAUUAGAGGCUUGUGGGAUACAAAAUCUCUUACACAGCAACUCCUGCAGUACUUAGCUUCAGUUUAGACAUCUGAAUCUGCAUCUUUCACUGAAUUCCAGACCAAGCUCUAUAGCAAAACUGGUGGCAAAAUACAUCGUAGCGGUCUACCUGAACCUGGAUACAGCCCGGGGAGGCACCAGCACAAUGGGGCAUGGAUCUUACUGGCAGGGAUGAAUGCAGUGAUCUUGUCCAGCUGCCCUCAUGUCCUUUGUCACAGCACAGUGCAAAUGAACUCAGACCCCGCUGUCUGGCAUUAAUGAUCCACUGGUAACAGUUUAGGAGAUACUGUGAAAUACGCAACAUGAUAACGAUGGAUAAACCCCAUUUGCUGUAAUUGUUUUGCACAUUUAAGACAUUUGCCAAUUAAGAGAAAGAGUUUAUGGAUUUUUAUGCUUAAUUACUUACUUAAAUUUCUGUUGUAAGAUAACUAAUAUCUAGAAGAGCAGUAUAGUCUUCGGGGGGUGGGGUGAGUGGGAGGAGAAAAACUAUGUACUUACCAGCCUGUAAAAUGGACUAGAUUUAGCUUGGCAACAUUUUUGAAACACUUUUACGCUUUGUCCAUUUUACUGUUAGAAUAAAAAUUAUGUGGUCUCGGCCUAGCAGGUGUUUACUUGUAUGCCUAAAAUUGAAAUCAGAAGUAUUAAAUGGGAUUAACAGCGUGUAUCCAUGUUUGCAGGUUUGGACCCGAGAUUUUUUUCAGGGCUUUUUACCUCUUUAGAGUUGCAAAGGAAGAUGAACUUAGUUUAAACAAAGAGAAAGUGCUGUUUAUUCCCCCUCCAUCCCAGCACAGUCUGCACACUGUUGGAAAAUUGAGGUUUUGUGUUCUAGAAGCUGUAACAGUGUUUCUGCUAACACUGUAUUGAUCCAAUGCAUGCUAUGGCAGCUUCACAGGUGGAGUAUGAGUAACAGGAAAGUAGUACCUAUUCUGUAAACAAGCCUCCUGCUUCUUAAGAAAAAAAGAAUCAAACCUCCCCACCUUCCAAAAAAAGUCAACUCAAGAUUUUCAGUCAGUUCCUUUCAUUGAAGAUUUUUUUUGUUCUUAGAAUUAGUAGUGGAACUCUUCUAAUUUCAAAACAUGUUUUUAGCCUAACUUCCUAAAGAAAUGAGGCCUAAGCAAUCUAUUUUGUCUGUGUCUGCCUAUCUUCUUGUCCCCCUCUUCUUCCAGAACCUUUUGUUGCUUGAUGUCAGCCAAAAUAGACAAGCACAAAUCUCGAAGAGAAACGUGUUUCCACAAGCUUUGUGAAAACUGGCUUUCAGAUCAGAGCUUCGUUAGGGUGCCAGAGCUAGUGUUGGGGUCAGCCACGGACCGUGGUGUUUGCUGGCAGUUGUGCGGAGCAGAUUGAGGGAUAUAGUGGGAGCAUCUACCAACUGGAGCCCUGAAUGGCUGGGGAGUAACCACACCAUAUGGAAAUACCAUCUGAGGAUUGAGAUUUUAAAAGGCUCUGGUCAAAUCUGUUCUUCCAUCCAUUUCUUUUCCCACACUGGAAGGAGAGCAGACUGAUGCUAAGAUCACCACAGCAGUGUUUUUCUUAGAUAGGUACGUUUCUUGUGCUGUACAAAAUGCAGCAGAAAUGGUUUGCAGAGUACUGUAUGCUUCGACUACCAUGAAGAAGUAAAGCCGGGGAGCCCAUAGCUGGGAGUGCUUGAGGAUGACAGGUUUAAUAUGGGGAGGUUUAGAGGACAUGGAUGAUGUAGCCUUUGAGAUCCCACUUUUAAAAUGGAGUGACAAAGAGUUGAUACGUGUGGAGACUGAACAGCCGGUGUGUUGAUUGAGUUAGGCCACAGAAUGACUAAAGAGGACAAACCUAAGAGAAUAGCUUGAUAGGGGUCCUGAAAUGGGAACUGCGGAAGGACUGAUGCACGUACAUCUGGAUUGCUGGGAUUGAGGAGAGAUGCAUGUUGGAGGAACGCCUUCAGCCAUUAAUUUUGCUAAAAGGAAACUUUGGUUCAUGAUUUCUCUUGUAAAGGCCAGUGGCAUUUUGUAUUAGAAAGAAAUAUCUUGCUUAUAUAUUUAUUCUGGUUUUGUACUUAAAUUGCAAUUAAAACUACUAAUCUGUACAUUGGUACUUAUAGUCUAGAUAGAGUUGUGACCAUUUCAGAAAUAAAUAAUGUCAUUUCUCAGAAUGUUUAGGGCAGGUAUUAGUUAUUACUUAGAUGACAUAUUGUUACUGUAUGACUGGUACUGCAGUGUGUAACAGUAUUUUUCUGUUGAAAAAUGCUACUGCAUUGAGCCCAGUACUUCUGUAUAUUGAAGAGUACAUUCUGAAGCUGAAGUCAAGAAGAGUUCUGCUGCUGACCUCAGAGGAGCCAGGAUGGGAUCAUGUGCAAGCAAUGCAAGAAAGAAAAGCUCUUCAUACUUUACUGGCAAAACGGCAGGAAGAUCUCCCUCCUAGGAGAAUGAAGGAUAGCUACUUGGAAGUUAUUCUACCUCUAGGAAGUCAACCUGAAAUAAGAGAAAAGUACCUGAAUGUACACAACAGUGUAAGGUUUGGAAGGAUACUUGAAGAUCUUGACAGUUUAGGAGUUCUUAUUUGCUACACUCACACCAAGCAGGAAACGCAGCCAAGGUCUCCCUUAUCAAUAGUUACAGCUCUGGUGGAUAAAAUCAAUUUGUGCAAGAAGAUUAUAUAUCCAGACUGUGACAUCAAAUUCACAGGCAAUGUUUCUUGGGUUGGGAGGACGUCCAUGGAAGUGAAGAUGCAUAUGCUGCAGCUGCAUGGUGGUGAUUACAGCCCAGUGUUAGAUGCAACCUUUGUCAUGGUGGCCCGGGAUCCAGAGAAUAAACGGCCAGCAUUUGUUAAUCCACUCAUUCCUGAGAGCCCUGAGGAAGAAGAAAUCUUCAAGCAAGGGGAAUUGAACAAGCUGAAGAGGAUUGAUUUCAGCACUGCUUCCUUACUGAAAAUGGCUCCCACUGCAGAAGAAAGAAACAUUGUUCAUGACAUAUUCCUUAAUACAUUGGACACAAGGACGGUAAGUUUCCGGAGUCGUAAAUUACCACCCAAUUCAGUGUGGAUGGAAGAUGCAAAGCUAAAAGGCCUACAGAUUUGCCAUCCUCAGGAACGGAACAUCUUCAAUAGGAUCUUUGGGGGUUUUCUCAUGAGAAAGGCAUUUGAACUAGGAUGGGCAACUGCUUGCAGCUAUGGGAGUUCCAGACCUUUUAUCGUAUCUGUUGAUGAUAUCAUGUUUCAGAGGCCAGUUGAGGUUGGGUCCUUAUUACUGCUUUCUGCACAGGUCUGUUACACAGAAAAAAACUACAUCCAGGUUCGAGUACACAGUGAGGUUUAUGAUGCAGAUACCAGGGAGCACCAGACAACCAAUAUCUUCCAUUUUACAUUUAUAUCAGAAAAUGAGGUCCCACGGGUCAUCCCCAAAACUUAUGGAGAGUCCAUGUUGUAUUUAGAUGGAAAGCGACACUUUGCUGCCAUCAUGAAGGACAUCUGACUCACGUUGAACACUGCAUCAGCAGUGUAGCAGCAUGCUGUCUUGGAAGGAGUUGUCACCAGAGAUGGCUGAUAGACAGGUGCUUACAAUACUAAAAAAACCCAGCCCAGAACAAAAUACCAAACCCUGCAACAAAAAAACCCCUUUUAAGUGCUAUUUAUGUAUUUGCAUAUAUUUGGAUUUUUAUUCUCUGCUACUAGGAUUUGUUGAAAUCUACUUUUACAUGCUGAUGUUAGGAAAAAAGGCUGAAAAGAUGCAAUCUUAAGCAUUAGAUAGCUUCUCUUUGUCUGCUUUGAGAGAUCUCAUUACAACCUUUGCUGUCUUGUCACCAUCUACCUCCUUUCCCUUAGUAGCUCUCCUUUGUGUUUCCCUGAUAAGGGAUAGAAGUUCUAUCAGAAAAAUGUGUGCAAUAAGUAGAUACACACAGAUGAAGCCAUUUGACCUACAUUCUUGUGUAAAUUAGGCUUAGGGUCAUCUUUUUUUUUUAACAAGGACAGAUGCAUCUGUGCAGCAGCAUAAGCUCAGAAGUUACUAGUGUGUGCACAAUGUAAAGCAGGUGUUUCCCAUCAGCUGCGAUUUUACAAGGUGGUUGCAGCUUCUGUUUUGGAUGGUUUCAUGUUCCCAUGGGAGGAAACUGAUUUUUGCAACGAAAUGAGGUGGCCAGAUGGUCUGUUCUGGCAUUCUGUUUGUGUACAGCCAGUCCUUGCCAGCCUCUUCUAACUUUUUUUUUUUAAUAUAUAACCGUGAGUUCCUUAAUGAAUUAUUUCUCAUGGCCUGUAGAGUAGAGAUCUGAUUGGUGAGAUUGGGUGGGACUGGGAAAUGGCACUGUACAACAGAACAUUUUGGUUUGUUAGGGAUUGGGAGCAGAAAAGGUAAAAUGCUGCUAAAAUGGUAAUGGUUAUGUUUGAUGCUGGAGUUAGGGGUCCAGACAAUCUGUGUUGAGCAGCUCCCAAAUCAGCUGCUGAAUGGUGGGAGGAUUUUUAUCCCACUGAGGGGUGGUACAGCUAGAGGACAGCCUCCUCAGCUGGAUUAUUUGUCUGGUUCCUUGGUAGACAGUAAUGAAAUGCGAGUAUUGCACAGCUUUAAAGGUUGUCAGGUUUACCUGUGAAGGACAGAGUAAUUCCCCCCCACAGAGCGGACACCAUGGUGGACGUAACUGGCAUGUAAGUAACAGGAAGAAAGUACUUGAUACUGAAGUGCUUCUGAUGUAGUGGAAAAAGUUUUAAUGAUCUCCAAUAUCUGGCAGAUAAAGCCCAACAUCCUGAAAUUAGGAAGGUGAGUGGAUGGGAGGCAUCAACUUUUAGCAGUGAGGAUGAUUAGUCAUAAGCACAAAAUGGGACCUCUGAUACCUUCAGAUCAAGACUGAUAUCCUGUCUGAUCAAGACACACAAAGAGGAGUAAUGGUAGGUUAAAUGGAUUGAAUAUGUCUUAUAAUACAUGAGAAUAGACUCUGGCUUCCCUGCUAGGUUUAAAAUCUUUUGAAAUCAGGAAGCAGCGAGUAGAAAUUACGUGAAUCAGCACAGAUGCACAAAACAGGUUGAUAAAAUAAAGCAACAUGUUGCAGUUUUAUUUCUGAGUAAGAAAGUUUGAGAAAUUCACAACUAGGACCAGCUUCCUUUGGUGCUAGGAUAGCAUGAAGUUCAUGGCUCCUAACAGCUGACUGCUAUUCACAUGAGGAGAGUAAGCAUUGUAAUAACCAGCAUGUUAUACAUCAGCCUUUCCUUUCUAAGAUUUGGCUGCCUUUAUUUGUAAGUUAGAUAGCUUUCCAGUGGAGGCGCAGGGGUGUUGCCUGUUACAAUCUUUAAUGGUUAUGACACUGUGGAUAUAUAUUGUAUUUUCUGGUUUUCUCCUUUUUAAAACUCUUUGGAAGCUGAAUAUACUUGACUGACCACACAAAUAAAGAACUGAAACUCUAUCCCAGCUUCUUCCCCCCUUGCUGUGUGGAUCACUGUUGGCUGUUAAAAAAUCAGUAGGAAGGCAGAAGUGGAGGGAUCUAGCUCAGAACUAUGUAUUACUCCUGACUAUCUGCAGGUUUUUAUCAUCAUUUAUCGACCCCUACCUGGGUCGCUUUUGUAUAACGCUUGUAAGUUAAGGGAAUACCAAGUUCUUCCUCUACUGCCUUUUCAGCUGUAUUUAAAGAUGAAUUUAUCAUAAUUUCUAAAUUCAGCCUUUGGGAAGGGAUUGGAGAGGAGAAAAAGAGGUAAUAGAGUAGGGAGCAAGGCAUGACAUCAGAACAGUGCAGAAAACAGUGCCGGGCACAGUGAAGAAAAUGAAUACCGCAAAUGAUGAUGCUUAGAAGAAUUAGUGUGUUUUCAAAGUUCAUGAUAACUUAAUCACGUACCACAAUCACAGUAGUUAUAGAAAUGUAUGUACAGUCAUACAGAAUGUGUGUGUGUAUAAAUAUAUACACAUAUGUGAAAGAUAUAAAAUAUAUAUAGUAGUAAACAGAAAGAAUAUGUGCUGACAUAUUUUUUACUGCGAGAAGGUAACUCCAAGUUGUCACCCUCUCUGAUAACAGGCUAAAUGUAUCUUUGUUCAAGGGUAUUAUUUAUGUACAUCGCUGUAUACCUUUGUGUGUGAGAUAAAAUUGUUCUCGGAUCUCACAUGCAGAAUUAAAAUAUUUUAACGUAGUAAUUAAUGUUGAGUUUGUGUUGCAACUUAAUGACCAACCCGGCACUGCUAUAAGUGACUAACCAUUACCACGCAAGCCUAAAGGUAUGGGUAGAAAAUCUUUUUAUUUAUGGUGAACCUAUCUAUGUAAUUGGCUGUGGCUCUGUAGUGGGAAGUAAAUGUUUCUGUGCCCAUCACGUCUUGGAAUACAGCGAGGAGGAGGAAGUCUGCGGUAGCGGGAUUGCCUCCCCUAACCCUCUAACUUAAUGGUGUUACAAAAGGAGAUUUCUGUGGGACUGGCUGAGCUCAGUCCCUGGAAAAGCGCUUUGUUUUAAAUAUUUUUAUUUUUCUGUGGUUUUAAAAAAAUAUAUAAUUAAAAUUACUUACUCAAACUUA